CAUUGGAAUUUUAAGAAUUACAUAUGAGCUCGCAGUUUCUUAUUGGAAUCGCACUGUUACAUUUAGCAUUUCACAGAGAAAUAACUUGAUGAUAGAGAAAUGAUACCAGUUUGGUUACUAAAAGACAAGUAUCAUGACAAAACUGAGCAGUCACAUAACAAUAAAAAGGAUCACAAACUACUCUAAAGAUAACUACGAAUGUGACAUUGGGUAUCUUCUCUGUACAUUAACAUAAACUAAGGGUCAUACUGAACAUGUUGUGGUACUAACUUGAAUAGCUUGAAAGAGAGACUGCUCUCUGUGAAAAGUAAUAGUAGCAUAUUACAAAUGAUCUCUCACCCACCCGCGUUGCUAAAAACAAAAAUGUGGCGAGAGUAGGAGAAACAUGGAAGACUUUGUGAUCUUUUACUUUGUGAUCUUUUUUUCAAGUACUCUGGAGUCUAGCUAAACCAAGAACUCGUUUUGAUUAGCCCUAGCCACUAAAUUCUGAAGCUUUGUUACCCUACCAUUGAUACUUGGUCUAAAUGUUGAUUGACAAUUAUGUACUAAGGAAAAGAAAUACUAAAUAAAACAUUUUUUUCCCAGGAAAAGCAAGGCUCACGCUUGUUCUUUUUCAAAUUACAGAUACAUAUCACUGCAAGCAACUUCUCGUGAGUGAUUGAAGAGUAAUAGUUUGAACACGAAGUUCUGGCUUCUGGUGAUGAAGAUCCUUGAAGCAAAUGCAGGUGCUCUCACAAAUUUUGAGGUGCUUGACUUUCUACGCUCUAGAGGUGCAGGAAAAGAUCCUACGAGGGUCAUAGUUCCUGUUGCGCCGUCAGAGUUCAAGGUGUAUGAUUAUUUAGAGCAAACUGCUGCUUGCAAUCAGACAAGACAAGCGAUUGAUGAAUUCUUGGGAAAAUGUAAAAGUAUCACCCUCGCAAAAGCUGAGAUCCUUAACAUCAUCAAUAUCAGGCCAUCUUCCCUCGUUGAGCUUUACCCGAUGAUAGAGGAAUACGACACCCGUUUUGGGGAAGCUGCAGAAACAAUGGAAGAGUUUGUGGAAAAUGUGGUGCAGCUGUUGCCGCCUCCUCCAAACCAAAUGCAGUCUGAACAAGAAGCUGCUACAGACGAAACAGAAGCUCCAGAUGGGGAAAAGACAGAGGUUGCUGAAUAGACUACAAAGUGUAGGUCAUACAAGAAAUAUUUCGGGGAAAUUAUUUUGUUGUACAUAGUACUGAAAUUUUCUAGUUUGACUUGAGCUUUAGUGAUAGAUGCUUGUUACAUUUCUUGAGCAGAAAUGGUCAGGAGUGCUGAUUCCUUUCAUUCGUGCUCAUAUCCACUACCCUACUUUGGCUAUUGUUCUAUAUCCAGCGAGCACUAAGUUUUCAAUCUUGA